AUGACCGGAAGUCUUCCCCAUCUUCUCUGCACGCGAAUCACUGCCUGGAUCACGGCCUUCGUGGCUCUGGAGCGCUGUCUCUGCAUCGUUAUUCCUCUUCACGUCAGAACGAUCAUCACACCGUUUCGUACAGCGGUCUACAUAGUCUCUACCUUCAUAGUCGUAGCCAUCGCCCAGACGGGGUUAUUCUACUCCAGCAGCCUACAGUGGGUGUUUAACAUAGCCAGAAACAGAACGCUAAUGAGUCGGGUUGUAAGAGAAGGCAGCGAAGAGAUCGAUAGUAUUACCUACUUGGUAAAUCUCGUCAAUCCUUUCGGAUCUUUCAUCAUUGUGGUACUCUGUACUGCCAUCACCGCCAUCCAGCUCAGGCGGAAGUCUGAAUGGAGGAUGAAAAUAACAAUGGCGCACUCCAAGCGAACCGAAAACGAGGCUGAUAUUAUGUCCAAGGAGAAAAAGGUCAUCAAACUUGUGGUCAUCAUCUCGGUCAUCUUCAUCUUCAGCUUCCUGCCGGCCAACGUCAGCCACAUCGUCUACUGUAGCAUCUCAUCACAGCUGCAGCUAGUUCUUCUAUACAUACCUUACAUAAGCAUCUCUUUUUCUUUCAUUAAAGUCCUGGAAGCUUUCAACGCGAGCAUCAGCAUCGCCCUGUAUUACGUCAUGAGCUCAAAGUUUAGGAACAACUUCCACGAUGUGUUAGGCAUCAAGUCAACAUUUCUUAAUGGCCAAGAAACCCUUUUACACAAUUAA